AAAGAUGUCACAUGGCAUAAAAUCAUUGCCCACGGGAUCCCCACUUCUAUUUUCAACCGUCCGGAAGGCAUAGAGCUAGUUAAGGAUGAAAUACGGACUUUUAAUAAGGCCGAAAAUCGCCUAAAACAGAUAGCUGGAUCCGUGGCAAUUGCAUUUGCUACGCCUGAAGAGGCUAGCGCGGCCGUCCGAAAUAGGCUAUAUAUAGCUGGCAUUUCUAUAUGA